AUGAUAGAUUCCCGACUGCCAACGAGGAUCACCAAUGAAGAGGGCCGCUAUCUUCAGUGGUUCAAAGAACGCACCGUGUCGAAGAUGUCAGGCUCAUUUUUCUCGGAAUUCUGGAGCGGGUUGGUCAUUCAGGCCGGUAUGAGCGAACCCUCAGUGCUGCAUGCUGUUCUUGCUCUGAGUUCGGUCCACAGGCAAGGCGUCUUGACCGAUGGUGGUGUCAAGGCGGGGGACAUGGAAAUGAUAACAUUGACCCGGUAUAGUAAGGCGAUCAAUUUCCUGCAGCCUCAUUUCAAGGCAAAGAACCGGACUGCCUUUCGGACGGCUCUCAUCGUCUGCAUUCUGUUCAUUGCGCUAGAGCUGCUUCGGGGCCAUUUUGCAUCGGCGCGAAUCCACCUUCAACAAGGCUUAAACCUCCUGGAAGGGUCUGGUCUGUUGAGAAGACAGGGUGGCGUUCUUGUAGGGCAAAGUCAAGUGUAUGUUGAUGACUGGAUUGUGCAUGCACUAUCGAGGUUGCACAUUCAACUCGAGCUACUAAAGCAAGUCCACCGUGGUUCUUCCCUACGGCUCGAGAUCCCCUUCUUGGAAUGCAAAUCGUUAACAUUUCCCUCCGUGAAAGAAGCGUGGUCUUGGCUUCACCACCUGAUGGGAAAAGCUUUUAAUUUGAAUCGAGAAGUUCGUGAACAGUUCUGCACAGAGAGCAAUCUCCCAGCAGAGCUGCUCCGCCGUCAGCGAUCCGUCCAUGAGAAUCUUACCUGCUGGCUGAACACAUACAACCACACAAUCCAAGGCAGUAUGCGGAAAGAUCAGGCGCAAAUCUACGGGCUGCUUCGCACAUAUCACACCAUGAUAACUAUCAUGGUGGCAACUUGUCUUCAUCCCGGCGAUGAGAUGAUCUUCGACCUUCAUACCGACCAAUUUCUGGAGAUGAUCACCACGCUGGCACAGCUCUGGAAAUUUCUCUCAACAUUUUCUGCCUUCGGCUCUCGGCCGGCUCAGUUUUUCAUGUCCCGUUCGAUUGGGGAUUUGGGUUGGAUUGCUCCACUAUACUAUACAGCCAUCAAAUGUCGCGUGCACCGGAUUCGACUUCAUGCGAUCCGGCUGCUGGAAGGCAGCUUCCACAGAGAAGGCUUCUGGGAUUCGCAAAUCCUGGCAUUCGUGGCGCGAAAGGUGAUGGAGAUCGAGGAGGUCGACUUUUAUCAACUUCUCGAUUCAAGGGAUGACUUUGAGCUGCAUUGCCCUCCAGACCAGGAAGAUUUGCUUUUCCCGCCCCUGCCUGGAUCUUGCAGACUAUCUGAUGUGGAAGUGAGGCUGUUGGGCGAUCCUGUCAAUACGAUUUCAAUUCUCUGUAGCCCGAAUGACCAGGGAACAGAUCGCAAAAUAUGCGUUGCAAGUUACGAUGUCGCAUUCAACCGAUGA